GCCACCAAGAGCCAGGCGUACCUGAAAUACCCCACACCUGUGCCAACCUCCGAGACGGGCAUCUUGUCUUCAUCACCACCACGACGCGUCAAUAACAUUAAUAACCACCGUGACAAUCAUGCUACUGCUCUCCGCGCCCCGCUUUCCGCCGUCCCCUCAGUUGAGCUCAACGAGAAUGGAGAUACCCUUCUGAUGGGCCGCUCCUCCAACUCCAGCCACUACCAGCUAUCCGCCAACCGUCUCAUCAGUCGCGUGCACGUCAAGGCCCGCUAUGUCCCCGCCUCUGUGCCAUUGCAGGCUAACAAGGUCGAGGUCGAGUGCAAUGGCUGGAACGGGCUGCGUCUGUCCUGCCAGGGCCGCACCUACGACAUGCACCGCGGCGACGUCCUGAGCUUUGAUGCCGAGGGCGCUGAGAUCAUGGUCGAUGUUCAGGACGCACGCGUUCUCCUUCACUGGCCCAAGCGGGACGACGUCAGGGACAGCCUGGCCGACCUCGGCUGGGAGGAUUCGCCGCGCCCCCGCGCUGGCGGAGACGCGGUGGAUGGUGUCCUUGGCCUUGGUCUGCUGCAGUCCAGCCCCCUUCGGAGGACGGCACGCAUCAGCUCCCCCGAAUCGCCCACCCCCGCCGUCCACGCGCCCGCCAGUUCCCAGCACAGCAGCAUCCUCUCAGACCUGCCCAGCGCCAGCGAGAGGGAGCAUAGCGUGGAGAUUUACGAGGAUGACGAGGAGGAGCAGGACAACGCCGCCCGCCGCCCCUCCACCGCCGGCCAGAGCUUCAUCACCGACAUAAACAAGAGCUUCUCGAGCGAGCUCAGUGAGGUCCCAUCGGACGGCGAGGACCGCGACGGCGACGAAAAUGUCGAGAACAACCCAGACGAAGAGAAUGACCCUCUUGUUCACUCGUUUGGUCCCUUCGGGCACGACCUCAACAGCCGCAUGGCCUCCUUCAAGGCCUCCUCGCCCAAGCGCCGCCGUCUCGACUCGGGCACAUAUAUCUCCUCCCCACGUACUGUCACCGGCGCCGACCACCACCGCACCACCAGCAAGUCAGCCUCCACACCACAGCAGGACCCGGUGGACGACAAGGACAGCGAGGUCGCAUACGUGCCAGACCUGAGCCACGUCAACGUCGACACGAUCACCAACCAUGUCAUCAACCAGCUAGCGUUCUCGCGAUUGUCGUCCAACCCGCUCUCCACUCUACUGUCCAACCUGCCCGCCAACGACAAAGUCGGCCUGGCCCGUGACGAGCUUCGGUACAUUGUCGAGAACACGACCUGUGUCGGCACCAUCCCCCGCCAAGGCAAGGACGCCGACGGCAAGCCGCUCGAGAGCCAGUACUACUAUGUCCCAGAGAGGGACGACGACGAGAAUCGCCGCGCCGCCGUGGUCGACGGGCUGCGGAAGCCCACACUGCGGAACUGUCGGAAGCAUCAUGUGCAAUAUUACUGGAAGCGCCCACGAACUCCUUAG